CUCUAGCUUAGGCGAAAUAAGAAAUCAUCCUUGUGACUGAGAAAUAAUUGUCAAUAAUUAGCUUUCCAAUAGUAUUUAACCACCAAAAAAUAUAUGUAUUUUCCCUAAGGUAACAUCAAAGAUAUUUUGGCAUUUAUUUGGGCAAUUGCAUCAAACUUGACAGAUAGAGUUAAAUAUGUCUACAGCCACGGAGGAUUCUUCGCGUGCUACCACAAUUGCGUGCUCGCCACGUCCUCGCAUCUUUCUGCAUCUGCAAGACGCUGCGGAAGUGCGUCCGUGUGGAACUUCACAGAUAAGUCUACGCCAAGUUAACGCUGAGAUGAUGACCCUGCAAGCACCCGAAGGCGAGCAUUUGUUUAACUUUGGCCGUAUUUUCAAGCCGAAUGAAGGGGAAUCCCAGAUUUUUGAAGAAGUGGGCAGGCCAGUUGUACAGCAGUUAAUACAAGGGCAAAUCCCCUUGCUAAUAAUGCAAGGUGAUAUGACUCGAAUUGGAGAACACAGUACUAUGGUUGGCAAUUGUCUGCAGGACCUGUUUAAGGUUCUCCCAUCAAAGUUAGCACCGCCUUGCGUGCUUCAGUGGAAUGGCCAAGAUGGAUUUGAGCUAUGUAAUCCCCGUGCAUUUGCAGAGCACCGAGUUCUGGAGCCCCUUGUGGAUGCUCGCUGUAUGACUCCCAAUAAAGAGAUGUGGGAACGCUCCAGUGUUUUUGUGAGUUACCUGCAGGUGUAUAACAACUGCGUCUAUGAUCUGUUGGCUAACGAGAAAGAUCAAUUUAAGCCAUUAUUGAUCAGGGAGUGUUCCCGACAAUCGGUGAUCUCUUUCCAUCCAAGUGAUUCCAAACAUCUCGAGAUACGCAGUGCCGAUGAGGGAAUCGAUUUGCUCUUAUUGGGAGAGCAAACACGUCGCAGACUCAAUGCAAAACUCAAUGCUCAAGAGCAACGUUGCCAUACGAUUUUCACUAUUAGCCUCUUAAGAGUUGAGCUACUGCAGAACUAUGAUGAGGAUAGUAUUCAUUGGAGUCACCUGACUGUUGUUCACUUGGCGGGAAAUAAACUAGGUAAUUCUCGUCCCGACAAUUCUCUUCAAACUCUUAGAGAAUGUCUAAUACAUUUGCGGCGAGGAGAAAAGUAUUCCAAACAACGUCAGUCCAAGCUAACCCAGCUGUUAUAUAGGCAAUUAGAGCAACCUAAUAGAGUAAACUUGCUCAUUUUUCUUAGUCCCAUGGAUCAUUUGUAUGAGGAAUAUCUUGAACUGCUCGAAGUGGCUAGACGAAUGGACGCAAAACCUAAACAUCCUCAUGUAGCGGAUAGUCCCCAAGAUUUCGAUUGCAAAAAGCUGAAACUUCUCCUGACUCGUGGUCGUAAGCACCAACAAUCCAUGAAACAGAUAACCCAACGCCUUCGACAUGUCUUUAUGUCAGUAGACAAUUCGAUAAGUCAGCUACGCACGGAUAAUUCAGCUCUUAUCUCAUCCCAAAAUUCGCAACAGAAACAGGCCAAAGAUAUGGAAACGAAACUAAAGAGCCACGUUGAUUUUAAUAACCAAUUGUUACUUCAGCUUAAUCAGGCUCGACGUGGUGCUGAGGAGCUAAAAACGAUGCUAAGUGAGAAGGAUAAAGCUUGCUCUAUCCAACAACAAACUAUUAUUCUAGCCAAGGAUCGGAUCAGCCGAAUGCGCCGCUCUUAUGAGAGUCGUGAGCAGUUUUUGGUAUCCAUGCAGAACAGUAAAGUUACCGAACUCCGUGUUCAAUUGAAUCUGAAAGAGGAAGAGCUCAAGAAACUACGUCGAACUAAAAGUCGGGAUGAACUAUUAGAUAUGGAUGGCAUUUCGGUUGCGGAGAAUCCUAACUCAGUCUCUGCAGGAACCAAUGUUGAGAGAACUAAUGCGCUAGUUGCCAAAGCCAUCAAAAGCUCAUCGCGUAAAAGUUCCAGUACAAAAUGUCCUUUGGACUGAUCUGCUUUUGCCCAUAAUUCUAAAAACAAAGAUUGCUGUCGACUAUGUCAUAACCAUAUUAAAAGAAAUUCACUUUUUUACCUAAAUUGUAGUUACAUUGUAUAAAAUAUAUUUUAGAUAUGGAAGGA